GGUCAAUGUCCUUGAUCCAGGUCCUACAUUUUAGUUUUACCAUUCAUCAAGACGACAUUUUUAUCAGUACAGCAAUUCUAUAUUUUUCAUCUGGCGAACGCGAAGGUGACUAUUUUUUUAAUAUUGAUGCGCAUGCGGGUACUACUGCCAUGGAGUCGCAGUGUAUCACAACAAGUAUAGUUGCAUAAAACAACAUAUAUUCCUUUGAAAUUUGAAAGAAAUUUGUAGUUCUUACAGUAUGUUUCCUAGCAGCAGCAGCACCGCGUGAUACGAGGGGGCACGAGGAGUGAGUAUUGGCGACUGCUGUGAAGGAACGCAAGUUCUUGUGCGGCAAAAAACGCAUCGCAAGUUCUUGUGCGGCAGCUGCUCAGCGUCAUCUCCUGCUAUGGUUGACGUCAUCUGGUGCAGUAGUGGUCACAGCACUAUGAUCUUCGGCAGGAGCUUCAGGAGUACCAGAAGAUCGUCUGAAGAGAUAAAGAAGAAGAAGAACCGUCCAUCUCGCAUGGAGGAAAAAGGUGGACUUGCGGGUCCGUAGCAAGAACUAGUACUACACUAGAUUGAAUUCAUCUUCACGGUCUUUCGAUAAUUUCAACUUCAUUGCGUCGGACUGACUGGUAACCACCCAGCCUGAGCAUUCGACGAACUCACGGUGCAAGCCGCACGAGGACACCUUGUUCGCAAAGGCCACGACAAGUCGAAGUAGCUCAAGAACUUUGUCGGACUAGAGGACCGUCGAAAUGAGAAGAACAAGAAAGGGCUGCCAGCACGAGAAUUUGGGCGAAGACUUUUCCCGAAAAACGAGGUAACUAAGGGGAAGAAGUAGAGUCUGAAUCUGAACACCUUGUCCCACAUUAUCUUCUUGCGCAUCAAACAUCGGUCCGCGCGGCGCGCCCUCUUCGCCGGAAAUUAGAGGACCACCCUCCACCAGCAGAGAAACAAUACCAAAGCCAUGUCUGGCGGUGUCGCCUCUCGGGAGACGGUGCAGCAGGCUGCGUCGGACCUACCGCCUGCCUCGGUAUCCCCCAGCAGCGCCGAACAUGUGCCAAAGUCUCCGCAGCAGUCCCCCAAAUCCUCCAUGCGGUCGUUGUCCGGCAUCUCGGAGGCGGAAAUUUAUCAGGGGGACGCGAACGCCACGCAUCUGCCCCCCGUGUACGAGAAUCACGGCCAGUCGCUGGAGAUGUUUCUUACGCCCGCCGAGAAGCAGGCGUUCACGGAAUGGAUGGAGCCAGAUAAUGACUACUCUUUUCUCACGCAUUGGCUCGACUACCUCGGGGUGUUCAGCUUUCUAUCCCGCCGGGUCCUGUCCGAGCGCAUAGCGCCGAACCUGCUCUGCCUCCUCGGGCUGCUGGCCAUAAUACAGAACUGGUACGUUAUCAAAGUGAAAAAUCCCCCCUCCCCAUACUGAAACGGAAAUUUCUGUUGCUGGAUUUGUGUACACAAAUCAGCUUUGUGUUGCAGUAUAGGACUGCAGGCAGAUACAAUGCCUAGACGGGGCUGGAUAGAGGUGGGCGCUCAGCAUGGCAGACGUCUACCCUUUUGGUGCAGCAGCAUCACAAAUCGCCUGCGUAAAACGGCGAAAGCUCUGGCUUUGCUCUCUUGCAAGACGGACCUCAUUUGUGACCACAAACCAGCAGCGCAAAUCUUUAAAAGGAUGCCUUUUCGGUAUGGGGAAGGGGGAUAAUUUUUCCCUUUGAUAUACGUGGUGUUGCAGUACGACGACAUCAAAUACGAGUCGUUCACGACGGUGUCCUAUCAAAUGCAAAUAUGUCUGGGUCUGGAAGAGUGCAGAUUUUUGUCAUGCUGUUUUUGCAUGACACAGAAUGUCUGUCACGGGAGCCCUAGCAUCACAGAUUUCGAAGAGCUUCUGCAUUGCUUAAUCCGCAUGAUAAAUGCCCCACUUUGGUGUUGACAGGAAAUGGACAUCUUUUGCUGCCUAUGCAUGAGAGACGUGUCUGUGUUGGGAAAUGCGCAUCACAAGUUCGCAUCCUUCGUCCAGACCCAGACAUAUUUGCAAUGCAUAUGUCCACCCUGGUCGCCCUCGCCUUCUACUACAUUUGCCACUGCCUGCACAAGCGACACGCGGAGCGGCUGAUGAACGACACGCCGCUGACGUUCCUCUUCAAGCACAUCUGCGACACGCUGGUGCUGGUCUUUCUUGUGUCGGCGGUUUCCAAAAUGUUCACCGACUCCGACCUGGAGAUGCACUGGAUCGCCGUGCACAGCUGCCAGCUGAUCCUCUUCUACAAGCACCUGUCCGCCUACGCGCGGGAGGCGGGGAUACGCUACUUCUGGUUCAUCGGGCCGGGCGAGAUGGUCAUCGUCACCAUCUACUUCCUGGCUCUGAAGGCGAUGUUCGGGCUGGACUGGUAAGGGGGUCAUGAUGGUCUUGAAGUUGAUUGUUUGUGUUGCACUUAAGUUGCAAAGAAAUAUGUUGAUGAAGAUGGAUCUUAAUUGACAAGCGCCUCAAAACAUUUAUUUUCAGCAUGGAUUCACGAAAAUUCCCUUCCAGGUUGAUACAGCAGUACCUUCUUCUCUACCAGGCCGGGCACGAGAUGCUUGUCCGCAUGGUUGGGCUGGAUGCCUACUUUCCUGCGCGGGAAUAUUCCUGGAUCUCGCAGCCGCGACCCAACCCAAUAACGCUGAUGAAAGACCUAUGCGUGUUAUGCAGGAAAAAGACUGUCUUUGUUAAGUAGUGUAAGAACUCUUUUAGCAGGGGAAACAGCAUGGAAAAUCACUCUGGCACGUCGUGACAGCAAAAACUAAAACUUGCCACGAGCAGGUAGUAUGUAGUACGUCAAAAAUGCGUAUAAAACUAUCCUAAGAUGACGUAUGUGCAUAGCAACAACUCUAUCGUACGCAGCAAGAGCAACCCAGAGUUGUUAUCACACGACUUACGCGGUUUCUUUUUCUGGCAUACGUGUCCGUUUACUGCAUCACUUUCAUCGCCAUUGUGGUUGCGCUUUUACUGAGACGGAAGGUAUUGAACUCCGAACUCGACGCAAACAUCCAUAAAUUUUGAUCUAGAUUUUACUUGUAACCCUGACCUGCUUUGAAAAAUUGAAUUGUGGAUAUGGGAAAAGAACUAGAGCAUGGUGAACGACGAGAAUACAAUCAAGAAACCGAUUCUGUACCCGUAAGAACGAAUUUCAUUUUUACCAGAUCAGCAACGACAACCAUAACCCCCUAUAACAGGUACCCAACUUCACAAAACUUUCGGUGAUGUUCAUUCUGACCUACAGGAUGAUUCCCACCUUUUUCCGCUUCCUCAUCCGGUACUCAGUCUAUGCGAAUGAAGAAAUAAACUCGCCUUCCGCUUCCCUUUAUUGAUUUGUGAUGCAGCAAGGCAGUAUAUUACUUAUGCCUUGGCUGGCCCUGGUGCUUUUUUGCAUGGCAAGGUCUCUGCCCGGAACAAGCCGGCACAACAAGAAGAAAUUGCUGUAUUGUUCCCUCAACGGCAGCUCCUGUUCCUGUUGAUGUCCAAGAAAAUCAAAUGAAGGAAAAGCAAAAGCAUGAGUUAUUUCCACUUCCAUAGUUUAACCGAGCCGGCCACAAGCUUUUCGGCAACUAGCAUGAACCCCGCGGCGCCUUCAAUCCUGCUUCUUUCGCAGCACAUCCCCAAGAAUUCGCUCAGUGUGGAGGGGAUCAUCGUCGAGGCGCUGUUCAUGACCGUAGUGACCACGGACAUUGUGCUCGCAAAAAUGGCGAAGCGCGAUCUGUUAUGCAUUUUUGCAAAAGUUGUCUAUGUGGUCGUGCUCGUGGUAAUAUACAAGAACUCGGCUUGCUCCAAUUUUUGCAAGAUGAGGUAGAAGAAUACCAUUGCAUUUUAACCCGAGCAGGACGAGACUUGCUUUAUUUCAGUAAACGUUGCGCAGCACUUUUUUCAAGAUUUUAGAGGUUUUCCGAAUUAAAAUGCAUUGCGUACUACUGUACGUAGUACACGACCACCAGAACAACUUUUUGGUUUUGCACAUUCAUAUUUGCACCCCUGGCUACUGUUGAUGUGUUUUUCACAUUUGUUUCCGUACACGCACGUGGGCACGCUGUUUUUCACCUGUUUCUACUACGGCGCCGUGUUGGCGGACCUCUGCUGGCACAUGAACUUGCCGCUUUUGGUGAACGUGAAAAAUGUCUACUGCGACGGUGUCUUUGACCUGUGCCAUGUGGGCCAUAAGAACCUCUUCAGGUAUAAUAUUACAGAUGACCAUUUUCAUUUGAAGAUACGGAUUUCAUCAUCGCAUUUUUUUGAAGUUCUCUAUGUCGAGCCUUCUAAAAGUAAGCUGCGCACCAAAAACCACAGCCAUAAGUAUCAAAAUCAUGAUAAAAAUCAAUAAAUCUGUUUCCAAAAUAAAAAGGUCUGCUCUGAAGUACGGGAAUCGGCUGUUUGUCGGCGUGUGUGGUGACGCAGACUGUGCGAACUACAAGCGACCGCCGAUUAUGUCCCACGCAGAGAGUUAUGCAGGGGAAAUAUCUUCGAAGAUCUGGGUCAUCUGGUGGAACAAAGCAAACUGGUUGUAAUGCAUAUUGAUGUCAGGAAAGAAUAAGAACAUGAGUUGUAGCAGCACUAGAUUUGAAGGUACUUCAGUCGAAUAAAGCCGACUCAGUGGAGAUUGCGAAAGAAUGCCGCUAUGGCGCUCUCUCAUGUUGCAAACCCGGAACUGCUUCGUCAGUUGUGAAAAAAAAUAAGCUUGUCAUGCUUGGUCACAGCUCACAGAAAUUGAAAUCCAAAAUUUCAGUUUCUCGAAAAUCUUAGUUAGAAUAAUGUUGUUGACAAAGAACGACCCAGGUGACGUGAAGAUCUUUGUCCUUCUUGAUAAGCAGUGUCGCGAAAUUAUGGGGUGCAAGGCGGUCACUCGCGUGAUCCCGAACGCGCCCUGCUUCGGACUCACCGAGGAGUUUUUAAGGCAGCACCGGAUCCACAUCGUGUGUUGCGGCUCGGAGUACGUGGAACGCUUUCCGGACCCGAAGGACGAUCCGUACUACCGCGUGCCACGGGAAAUGGGCAUCGCCCGUCCGCUACCGAGGUACCAAUCCCUGUCUACGUCCGACCUGAUCCGGAGGAUACAGAGCUUAACCAGGGCGGCCGACGAGAGAAACGACAAAUCUACGGCGUCUUCGUGA